GAAGUGAAAAAAGUAUCAUGAUCACCUUGAGCUUCAUGGAGCUUGGAUGUCCCUACUUCAUCACCUUGUUGCUCACCUUCUUUCUGUUGUUCUUAGUAGUCCAACUUGUUCAAGCUCAAAAACCCAAGAAAUCUUUCACAAAGCUUCCUCCAGGGCCAUGGAAGCUACCUCUCAUUGGUAACUUGCACCAGCUUGUCAGCACUCUACCCCAUUACACCCUGAGAGAUUUGGCCAAGAAGUAUGGACCUUUGAUGUGGUUAAAGCUCGGGGAAGUUCCAACACUUGUAGUUUCAUCCCCGGAAAUGGCGAAGGAGGUUAUGAGAACCCAUGAUGUAACAUUUUGCCAAAGGCCUUACCUGCUAGCUGCUAGCAUAAUGGGAUACAAUUUCCAAGACAUCAUCUUUUCACCAUAUGGAAAUUAUUGGAGACAGAUGAAGAAAAUUUGCAUGACGGAGCUUUUGAGUACAAACCGUGUCCAAUCAUUCCAAUCAAUCAGGGAACAAGAGGUGUCAGCUCUCAUGGAAAUCAUAUCUUCGAACGCAAGAUCCCCAGUUAAUCUCAGUGAGAAAAUUUACUCCAUGACGUAUGGCAUAACAGCGAGAGCAGCCUUCGGGAAGAAGAGCGGAGACGAAGAAGAAUUCAUAAGCAUUGCCAUAGAGGUUUCGAAGUUAGCAGGUGGUUUCUGCUUAGCUGAUAUGUAUCCUUCUAAUGAGAUGCUAAAAUUGUUCAGUGGAAUUAGGCUUAAACUCGAGAAGUUACAUAAGGCUUCAGACAGGAUACUUGAAAAGAUAAUCGAUCAACACAAAGAGAGAAGAAACGGAAUGGCAAAUACAAAAACAGGAAAUAAGAAAGACGAGGAAGAUCUGGUUGAUGUCCUUCUUAAGCUCCAACAACAAGGUGACCUUGACUUUGCUUUGUCAAAGGAUAACAUAAAAGCAGUCAUCCAGGAUAUUUUUGGAGCCGGUAGCGAGGCAUCAUCAAACACAGUGGAAUGGGCAAUGUCCGAAAUGGUAAGAAACCCGAAGCUAAUGAAGGAGGCGCAAGCUGAGGUGAGAAGGGUCUUCCAUGGAAAAGGAAAAGUGGAUGAAGUAGGGCUUGAGGAAUUGAAAUUCCUGAAGCUCAUUGUCAAAGAGACCUUGAGGUUAUACCCUGCUGGACCUCUUUUAAUACCAAGGGAAUGUAGUGAGGAUUGUGUUAUUGGUGGAUAUGAGAUACCUGCCAAGACGAAGGUCAUCGUGAAUGCAUGGGCAAUAGGAAGAGAUCCAAGCUAUUGGAAAGAAGCAGAAAAGUUUCAGCCCGAAAGGUUCAUCGAUAAACGGAUUGAUUUCAGGGGAACAAAUUUUGAAUAUAUCCCAUUUGGUGCUGGAAGGAGAAUGUGUCCCGGAAUUUCCUUUGCACUACCCAAUAUCGAGCUACCCCUUGCCAAAUUGCUUUAUCAUUUUGAUUGGAAACUUCCAAACGAAAUGAAGUGUGAUGAUCUGGACAUGACUGAAUCAUUUGGAUUAACUGUUAGAAGGAAGAAUGAUUUGUUUUUGAUCCCUAUUCCUUAUCGUUCUUCAAUCCAAGGAAGCUAAACUAAGUUCCAGACUGCUUUGAAGCAUACUUGGUGUUAUUACGCUCUCUCCUAUGGUCUUGAUUUUGGCAGUGAAAAUGGUAUUUAAUCCAGUUAUGUUUAGUCCUUCUGUACUGUGUUUUGUUAACUUCGUAGCAGUUUUGUGUCAAUUUAUUUUACAGUUCUGAUUCCUAUUAUAAUGUGUAAUGUAAUUAGCUUUCGUUAGUUAAAUUCCUGUAUUGUUGGCGUUAGGUUAAUAAUAAUUUUUAUAGUUCUCUUUUCGUACGUUAUAUGCAAUGCCAGUUUUGGUAAC